AUGCCAUCACAACAAGUACUGAAUAAGUUUGCGCACAUAGAAGCGCGCGCCCAGCAAUCCCGAUUCCACGCCGCAACCCUCAACUCUACUUCUGCUCUCGAUAUCGACUUGCAGGAUGUUGACUUGACUGUCGGGGAAAGAGAGCUGGUGAGUGGGGCGAGGGUACAUUUGAAAAGUGAGGUCAAGUAUGGUUUGGUGGGACGAAAUGGGACUGGGAAAUCAACACUGUUAGUCGCCAUUGCCGAACGCAUGAUCCCGGGUAUCCCUCCAUCCAUCCGGAUCGUACACGUCUCGCAGCUCGAAGAAGCAGAUGCCACACCCGUCUCCGAGCAUGUACCAGUCAUCCGACAUGUCCUCGAUUCGCAUCUAGAGCUCAAGAGUCUCUUGGAUGAACAAACAUUAUUGGAGCGAGCUCAAGAUGCAGGGCACGAAGAAGAAUCCCAAAAGCUCCUCAACCAGGUACUGCUUCAGCGCGCUGAAAGGUCGUUGGUGGAAUCGCAAUCUGUCGCUUUGAGAAGGUCGGGGGCGAGAGGCAAAAAGGCGCGAGAGGCGGAGAUUGCAGCUGAAGAGGCUCUCGAAGCGACCAAACGCAAAUUCGAAACCAAUACUGUCGAGCCUGACGCUUCCCUCAAAAUCACAUCACUCCUCUCCGACGUACAACUCAGCCUCGAAUUCAUCGGCGCCGACACGAUCGAGAGUAGGACUCGGGGUAUUCUAAGAGGUUUGGGGUUUUCGGAUGAGAUGAUCGAUGGGCCUUUCGGCUCUCUCUCCGGCGGGUGGAGGUCGAGGUGUAGGUUGGCUCUGGCGUUGCUGAUCCCUAGUGAUGUGCUCUUGUUGGACGAGCCUUCAAACUUCCUCGACCUGGAAUCGAGUAUAUGGCUCCAACACCACCUCCGCUCCCUCGACCAGACCAUCGUCAUAGUAUCCCAUGACCGUUCUUUCCUCGACGCGGUCUCGGACGAGACCAUGAUCAUCCGGCAGAACAAGCUGGAGUAUUUCCCGGGCACGCCGACAGAGAAGGAAGAGGCCGAGAGAAAGGAGAGGCUGGGAAAGGUCAGGCAGCAGGCGGCGUUGGAUAAGAAGAAAGAGCAUAUCGAAGCUAGUAUAGCGCAAGGCCAAAAAUCAGCCAAAAAGACUGGCGAUGAUAACCGCCUCCGCAUGGUCAAAUCCCGCUCCAAAAAACUCAACGACCGCUGGGGAAACGAAACGUCCGCCAAAGGCACCCGCUUCAAACUCAACCGCGACCUCGCUGGACACCAUUUCUCCAACCGGGAUGCUAUCGAGAUUCAACAAGAAGAACCUGAAGUGCGGAUCAAGCUGCCUGAGGCGGCGGGGGUGAGAGGUGGGCAUGUGGGGAGUUUGCUCAGUCUGGAAGGGGUCGAAGUUGGGUUUGGGAAGGGGAAGGGGAGAAAGGUGGUGUUGGAGGGGGCGGAUUUGGUGAUGGGGUAUGGGGAGACGGUGGUGCUUGUUGGACGGAAUGGACAAGGAAAGUCGACAUUGGCAAAGCUCAUUCUUGGCGAGCUUCAGCCAACAAGGGGCACUGUCAAAAGACAUCCUGCUCUCAAGACUGGAUACUUUGACCAGCACACGGUCGAGUCCUUGCCGACCCUUGACAACAUCACAUCACUUCAAAUCUUCCUCGACCGUUUCAAAGAUAGCGCCACUCCAGUGACGGAGCAAAGCGCACGGCGGAUACUGGGAGGGUUCGGGCUCGGCGGAAGAUUGGCGAGCCAUACGCCAGUGAAGCUGCUGUCUGGGGGUCAAAAGGUUCGUCUGGCUCUGGCUUUGCUCUUCCAUGAUCCACCAAACUUCUUGAUCUUGGAUGAAGUUUCGACGCAUCUCGAUUUCUCCACCAUCAAGGCGCUGAGUCGAGAGCUGAGAAAGUGGCAAGGAGGUCUGCUUCUCGUCACGCAUGACAGAUACUUUUGCAAUGUCAUAACCGGCAACGUCUUCAUAGACUCGGAAGACGAAUCCCCACCCAUCGCCUCGGACGAUGAAUGCUCUUCCUCUCCGCCCAGGGUAUAUCUUCUUCGGAAGAAGGGUAUGAGGCUGUUGGAAGGUGGGAUGGACGAGUAUGAGAGUAUCAUUGAGAGACGGUUGUUGAAGAGAGGGAUUUAGUUCGAGUGAGGGGUUUGGUGCAGAAAUGUAGUAACCGGUCGCGGGAUGUGCUGUAUGUAAAUUAAGACGACUGUAGAGCGUUUUCAUAUGUAACCUUGUUGUACCCUCUGUGAAUGUAUGGCAUCUAUGUGUGCCACAGCGCACACCUUUGUCUAAAGCGAGCGCGCUCGGUCCACCCCGCCCUAUCUCCUUAUCACGACGCAUUGGCCAUGAUGCCGCCCACACAACAGUCCUCCGCGUCAGGACCUCUUCGGGCCUCUCAACUACUUAAUAUGGUAGGCCCACUGGUGAGAGGAAGCAUUCGUGUAGGGAU